AUGUCUGUGCUCAGGAAGUUGUCCAAGCAGAUACACACCAACAAUGGGAGUGAUCCUAAGCUCGGCGGAGAGACCUCUCCUACUACCUCUCAGAGUCCUGGGCCCCACCGCCGAUCCCUCGCUCAGUUCCUCCACUUAGGUGACAAGGACUACACCUCGAGCGACAAUGAAUCCGACAUGAGCGAGUUUGAUAGCGAUGGUGUGAGCAAGAAUGCACAGAAACGAGCAAAAGCAAAGCAAAGAAAACAAGAACAUCGCUCACGUCUCAGCUUGGAAAAUCGUGAUGAUUCAGAAGAACGCUCCAAGAAGAGGCUCGACGAAGCCGCCAAGGUCGAGACCGAAGACAUGAAGGCCAGAUACGGCGACUUGCCCUUGAUGCAGUCGACUUCUCGUGGUGUCACUCAACGACUCGAUAUUAGUACCAUCACUGAAGAUCAGGUGGGCAAGGAAGUCCAGUUUCGUGCCAGACUCCAUCACGUCCGCAACAUGGGUGCCAAGCUCGUCUUCCUGAUAUUCCGUCAACAAAUCUCAACAAUCCAGGGUGUCUUGGUCGAGGAGCCAAACAAAGUCUCAGCCCUGAUGAUUCAUUGGGCUGAGCAUUUGCGCACUGGUAACAUUCUGUUGGUCACUGGUGUGCUUCAGAAGCCACAGAUUCCUGUAAAGUCGGCUUCCAUUCACACGGUCGAGAUCAAGCUCACCAAUCUCCACGUUAUUGUCAAGCGCGCUGAACCCGUACCAUUUUCCGUCCAAGAGGCAGAAUUGACCAUUCUCGACGACGAUCAAAAGGUCGACGGUCGCCAAAGUGUGAUCCCAGACCGUGUCAGGCUGUCUAACCGCAUCAUGGACUUGCGAACGGCUCCGUCUCAGUCGAUCUUCCGCAUCCAAGCCGGCGUGGGCAAUAUGUUCCGCUCUGCUCUUGACGAUGAACGUUUCGUCGAGAUUCAUUCUCCAAAACUUCAGGGCGCAGCCACGGAAUCUGGUGCCUCGGUGUUCAAAGUCAAUUACUUUGGCAGACCCGCGUUCCUGGCUCAAUCCCCUCAGCUGGCCAAGCAAAUGGCAAUUGCUUCUGACUUUGAGCGUGUCUAUGAAAUUGGCGCAGUCUUUCGAGCAGAAAAUUCAAAUACCCAUCGCCAUCUGACCGAGUAUACUGGCCUCGAUCUAGAAAUGUCUAUUGAGGAACAUUAUCAUGAAAUGAUGGAUAUCAUAGAUUCCGUCUUGAAAAAGAUCUUCCAUGGCAUUUACACAAAAUACCGCACAGAGGUCGAGUUGAUCAAGCAGCAAUUCCCUAGCGAGGAUCUCGUCUGGUUGGAGAAAACUCCAAUUAUUCCAUUCGUCGACGCAGUGAAACUCUUGAACGAAUCCGGUUGGUUGAACGAAGAAGGUCAACAAAUUUCUCCACUGGAAGACUUUGGAACGAGGGACGAAAUCCGUGUUGGUGAGCUGAUCAAGGAGAAGUACAAGACCGAUUACUAUAUCUUGGACAAAUUCCCUCGAUCUGCCAGACCAUUCUACACUAUGCCUGAUGCAAAAGAUCCCAGAUACACGAACUCAUUUGACGUAUUCGUACGCGGUCAAGAGAUCAUCUCUGGUGGUCAACGUAUCCAUGAAUCCAAAUUGUUGGAAGACAACAUGCGUCUAGUGGGUAUUGAUCCCGAAGAUAUGGCCGAAUAUAUGGAAGGCUUCAAAUGGGGUGCACCACCGCACGCUGGAUGCGGUGUUGGUCUCGAGCGUAUCGUCAUGCUCAUUCUCAAAUUAGGCAAUAUUCGCCUUGCCUCCCUCUUCCACAGAGAUCCCAAAUCUUUCCCAGCCAAGGCUGUCGUCGAAAAGCUACGACACCCUGAGGCCGAUACAUUGAACCCUGUCUGGCGUCAAGAACGUGGCCGUGAAGUUGCUGUGGAAGAUCGCAAAUUACCUGAUCUCUAUGAUCUUAUCGCCAAUUAUGGCGACGCCACUGCCACGUCAUGGGGUGAUGAGCGUUAUAAGAUCUGGCGCCAUGCAGACACUGGUGCUGCUGUGUCCUAUGUUCAGGAAGGUCAUUAUGCUAUCCUUCCUGGCGAUCCACUAUGUGACCCAAGUCAAUAUUAUCGUGUCAUUGUGUCGUUCCUUCAAUGGCUUAAGAAGGAGACUCGCCUCAAACCCCUGUGGCUUUUGAUCAGUCCAGAGAUGGAGGAAGUCUUAGGCGAACGACUCGGUUGGAAAACUCUCUCAUGUGUUGCGGAAGAGCGUGUCGAUCCAAACAAGAAGUCUGCGGAAUCGGACCCUGAAGUCGCCAAAAAGAUUCGUAAAGCCCAGAACGACGGCGUGAAGCUUACCGAUCUCGACCACAACGUCCCCAUCCCAGACAGCAUCAAAGAACGCGCCAAUGCUCGAGUGAAGGACUGGCUGGCAAACCGUAAGGGUACUCAAAUUCAUCUUUCGAACAUCGACCUCUUUCGUGACGAGAAGCAUAGACGGUAUACCAUCGCAGAGGAUAAGGAUGGAACCCUUGUUGGAAUUGCCGUUAUGGCUGAGAUUGCCCCUCGUAAGGGUUGGCAGGCCAAGUACACACUUGAUUUCCCAGGAGCUCCAUCUGGUACGAUCGAGUACAUCACCACACAUGCAUUGAGCGUCGCUUCCAAUGCUGGUGUCAAGACUGUUACCUUUGGUGGUGGAGCGGCCACUCACUUGACACCUGGUCACCACAUGAGCGGUGCCAAAGUGAAGGUCCUCCAGGCGACAUAUGAUGCUAUUGUCAAGCAAUUCAAUUUGGCGAGGAAAUCGGAAUUCAGAGAGAAGAUGGGCGCAGUCGCAGACCCUAUCUGGAUUGCAUAUCCUCCACACGGCCUCGGAUCUAGAGGUAUCAAGGCGAUCAUGAGGUUCUUCCAGGACGAGUAA